AUGACUCAGGCGCUAAAAGUGUAUGCUCGUCGGCACCCAGAUGCAGAUUUUGCAGCGCUGCGAGAGGAGGCGCUGUUGUUGGACUCUGAAUAUGGCAGCUCUGCAUCAGAGGUAACAUGCUCCAUUGUCAAUAAUAAGUCUAGUUUUUCAAAGGAACCAUAUUCGGACUGGAAGGAGACCCUCAAGCGUGACAUAAUGGAGGAAGUGAAGGCUGAGAUGAAGGGAUUGGCACAGGAACUAAUAAGGGAGCUCAAACCUCACUUGCCAUCGGUUGCAACCGCUGCAGAGCCGCCAGUAACACCCCGGAGCUACUACCGAUCCCCCCCACGCAACCAACGGGAUGAACGAGUCGAAGGGACACAGAUUCCUGGACGUGGAGUAGUGAUUGUAAGAGAUGAGGAUUGUACGCAUCCCCUUAUUGUUGGAAUGAAUGUUGUGAUGGCUUGUUGGGAUGCAUUCUUUAAAUGGCCCGGAAAGUCUGCCCUUCCUCCACAGAAACUUGGGAAGCCCUGGCGAGAUGCCUUCGCCACCUGUCGCCGCGUUGAAGCUACUGUCGCUGAGGAUGGGUUCCUAGGGCACGUGCGGCUGUCUGGUGGGCGGGCCUUCACUGUCCCUCCUAACAGCGAGCUGCUUGUGUGGGGUAAAAGCCGGAUGGGCCCUGACGGCGCAGACUACUGUGCCCUGGUCGAGGCACUGCCAAAUGCUGGCGAAGUGGGUGUGGCCCGAACCAUCGGAGUGGUAAGAAACGGCAGAAUCCCAAUACGUGUCUGUAACCCACAUCCUUACAGCUGGACAAUAGGCCGCUAUCAGAAACUUGGACGCCUUUACCAAAUUGAUUCUGCUGAUGUGCACGGUCCUGACGAUGUGAGCCUGUCUCUGGAGGAAGAUGGGGUGGUUGAAGUGGCCCUGGUCCACACCACAUCUGACCCUGGACAACAUGGCCUCCCCGAGGAGGUGAGAAACCUAUCCAACCGAACUGACUUGUCUGAGCAGCAGCAGGAAGAGCUUGGUGCGCUUUUGCAAAAAUGGGAGAAGGUCUUCGCAAAGCACGAUGAGGACUUCGGCCGGACCAACGCAGUACAACAUCGCAUCCACACGGGUGAUUCUGCGCCUACCAGAGAAAGGUACAGACCGCUUCCACCCUCGCUCUACAAAGAGGUGAAGCCCCUGUUAGCAGCGCUGAUGGACGAGCUGCGUCGCGAGCAGUCUCUCUGUGACGCUGUGAUCCGGGUCCAGGACUCGCAGUUUCAUGUGCACAAGCCGGUCAUGUGCAGCAUCAGCCCGUUCUUCAAAUCUUUAUUCACCACCUGGUCCACUCCAGACAACAACAUUUUUGAUAUCCCAGAUGUCUCAGCGGACUCAAUGCUAGCGUUCAUUGAGUUUGCCUAUACGGGGGCCGUCUCCAUCACCAAAGAGAACAUCACGGACUUGUUCAUUGCUGCUGAUCGCUUCAGUGUGGAGGGUCUGGCCCAGGCUUGCUGCGAUGAAAUGGAGAGGUCCCUAAGUCCCCAAACCUGCGUCUACACCUGGAGGAUAACUGAAAAGUACUACUAUCCUGCAUUGAGACAAAAAGCGUUCUCCUACAUCCUGAGACAUUUCGAGGAGGUGGUGGCUUGUACCAGCUUUCUCCAGCUCUCGGCAGCAGAACUGAAGAUGAUCAUCGAGAGUGAAUUCCUGAACGUGAAACAGGAGAGCACAGCGUUUGAAGCCGUCCUGUGCUGGAUCAACCACUCACCGCAGGAUAGACAGGUGCACAUCCGAGACCUCCUGUCGAAAAUCCGUCUGGCUUUCCUGGACUUUCAGUAUUAUAUCAACCAUGUCAUUGGGAAUGAGCUCAUCAGGCAAAAUCAACAAUGCAAAAACUACCUCAUCCAAUCCACGAAGCAGAUGCUGGAUACGCACCAGGGCUCACUCACCAGGUCUUCCAACUCCAACUACAAGCUGACAUGCCCCAGGGUGCCACAGGCUGUUAUAAUGGCAAUCGGUGGCUGGCACAUCAGAGACCCCACAAGUGCCAUUGAAAUCUACAACAGCCGCUCCAAACGCUGGGUCCCAAUGGACAGUUCUGACGGGCCCCGCGCUUAUCAUGGGACGGUCUUCCUCAACGGGUGCCUCUAUGUGAUUGGAGGGUUUGAUGGCAUAGAGAAUUUUUGCACCAUGCACAAGUACAACCUGGCCACUCAAACCUGGAAUGAAGUCGCCCCCAUGCACACAAGCCGGUGUUAUGUGAGCGUGGCUUUACUAGAUGGGUUGAUCUACACCAUGGGAGGCUAUGACGGCCUUGACAGGCUGGAAACGGCUGAACAAUACACUCCCGAGUUCAACCAGUGGACAAGGAUCGCCUCUAUGCAUGAGCAGAGGAGUGACGCGAGUGCUGCCAGCCUAAAUGGACAGAUAUAUAUUUUUGGAGGCUUCAAUGGAGUUCAGUGUUUGUUCACAGCUGAGAGUUACAACCCUCAGUACGACCAGUGGAGUGUGAUCCCUCAAUUGAGUUGCCCUCGCAGUGGAGUCAGCGCCAUUGCACAUGCAGGCAGGAUCAUUGUUGCUGGUGGUUUCGAUGGGGUGACCCGCCUGAACACGCUGGAGGUCUAUGACCCAGAGAUCCAGCACUGGCGCUCCCUGCCCUCCAUGAUUGAGUCACGUAGUAACUUUGGAAUGGCUGUGCUGGAAGACGAGCUCUAUGUGGUUGGAGGCUUUAACGGCUUCACUACCACAGCCUGUGUGGAAAGUUUCAACUUUGGGACCGGUGUGUGGUCCAUAGUCAAAGACAUGGAGGUGUCUCGCUCUGCUCUGAGCUGCUGCAUCCUACACGACCUUCCCAAUAUGUCUUUCUACUCUGGCACACAAUAUGCCGAGGAUUCCAAAGAGAACUAG